AUGGUGGCGACCUCGCGUGUAAUGCCGAUAGCGUUCUUCGGACUGCUGAACGAAAACGUCUCGCUGGCGGUUGUGGAGGGAGCUACUUACCUAUCCGUCUUCCUGCUCAUGCUGCAUGUGCACUCAUCGGGCAAGCGUAAUGCCACCAUGCUGGCUGCUGCAAUAUUUCAAGUGCUCAUCGUAGAGCUGGUCUUCUACUACAGCGACCGGUGGCACGCGCAGGCACUGGUGAUGUUGGUAUCUGAACACUUACCGCUGUAUACGGUGCUAUUACAAGCUCAGCUCUAUUAUAUAGCCUUCGUCGCGACGUCGCGAUUGCGGAUCGACCCAUUUUUCCAGCCGUUUGCAAUGGGCUCGCUAAUGGUGAUGCUGGCGUUCCCGUUUGAGUUGGUGGGCACCAAGUUCCUCUGGUGGACGUGGCACGAUACGGACCCGCUCCUAGCUGAGAGGUUGAUGGGCGUGCCGUGCCACGCUCUGUUUUACAAUUUCUUCUUCGCAUUUGCAUUCCUCUGUGUGCACCAUAUUUUACGCAGCACUUGGCUUGUGGGAGACUACUAUGAGGAGGAACACUGGAAAUCCGAAUGGGGCUACGCGUUGCUCAUGCCAUUCCUCACCACCAUUUUUGCAAUAGGCUUCCUCAUUUUGGGCUACUACUCAACUGUCCGUCUAAUGGGGAUCGAUGCACAGGUGAUGUUCUUCAUUUUGAUAGGAUCGAGUUUGCUGCUUUGUUGGAUGGCUGAUCGGGAAAGAGACGAUCCUCAAGUACAAAAAGCUCUGGAGCCCGUGGACCUCUAUGACAGCGACUGGCUGUACUCGUGCAUCGACCAUGCCGUGAACCAAAUGACUUUUUUGCUCUACCUCGUCCUAGUGCUGCUGACACUGUUCAUUUACCCGACGGAGAUCGUGUCACUGGGUCACCAUCAGCCACUAGGCAACUGCAUGGAGGACGAGCCGUUUUACUCCCUCGUGGGCAUGCACCACCGCCGCAAGAAGUAUUUGUGCGUUCACAACUUUGACGAGGAGUUCAACUUGUGCAACUACCCGGUGACGCAACUGCUAUACGAGGACUCGUGGUACAUGAUAUGUGGCCGCGGCUACGGAAACUUCUCGACGUAUUUGGCACUGAUCAUUGGAAGCUUUUUGGGUCUCAACCUGCUGCUGUAUCAAGUGCUCAAGCGGCCGCAGCGAACUCGUGUGGUUUCAUUUCGACGUCAAUGA